GUCUUCUUGUAGUAAUGCGAAUCUCGCAGGCUGAAGAGGUCGCGGCUCGCCUCCAACCCAUCCCAAUGGAGUUUGUCCCACCAGUCCUUCUCACAGUCCACCACAGCCGGCGACUUAUCAUGUGCACGACCAACGUCAUGGGGAGCUCGUGGAGAUGGAUGUUCCGGAGACUCGGGAACUCUAUGUUGGUUGCAAGACCUCCUUCAUAUGUAUUUCCCUGGGAAGAUCUGUUUGAGCUCACCACAAUAUGUGAUGUGGAUGGUUUCCAAGCUAGCCAAGGUGCGAAAAGACCAGGGGAGUACAAAAGUGAUCCUGGGGCAGGAGUGCAGUGGGCUGCAAAGAGGUGGGACGCCCAAAAUGUCUCUAUGCUCUUGAAGGAGUUUGUUGACAGGAACCUAUUAUCAACAAGAAAGGCACUACGCAGCUUGGAGCACCACUCGAUACGGCACCAUCUGAGAUUUGUGAACUGACUUUCAUAUUCAGCUUCAAGGUUAGCAGCGGUGAUGGAGGAGUUGCUGUGCACAUGAAAGGACUGAGCACUAUCCAUCAAGGAAGCCAUAAUUUCACGACCACUUUUUAAUUCCCAAUUGCAGCCUCCAUUCGCAAAUUCAAUGUGACGCUCAAGAGGGUAGAAGCUGAGUGCGAGCUUCCAUCAAUCCAUCUUCACCAUUAUCCUCUUCAACAACCUUGUCUAGUACAUCCACAUAGGGGGAUGAUGAUCCUACUACUGAGAGAAGAUCGGAUGCAUCACUAGAACUAAUUCUUGUUUCCUUGGUUUCUGGAAGUUUUCUAUCACUCACGGUAGAUGAGAGGUGUAAAUGGAAAUUAUUACCGAGCACACCAAAACCUCGAAGGAACCUAGCAUCUGUAGCCACAACUUGUACAAAAUCCUUCUGCGAGGAAUGAGAUCUGUGACAGUCACCAUCCA